AAAUUUCGCGUCUUGGCUUCCGUACAAUUUUUCUGUAUUUAAAUAAGGCGGCUGACUGACAUUGUAAAUAAAUUUAAAGUUGCCGUAUCAGCUGUCGUUGUGAAUGGUAAAAAGCUGACAGAUUAUCAAUACGUCUUGAAUGCUUCGCUUAAUAAGAGUAUGCAUUUGUUUGGCUGUGAAAAAGAAAAACCUUAUAUUCUGUGUGAAAAAUGUGUGAAAAUGAAAUAUUAAAUAAUAAGAAUAAACAGAAUGUUCGUUGUCGUUACUGUAAUUCAUUAAUUUUACGUAAGGAACAGGGCGAAUACUUAAAACUACAAAUUGAUUUACCUUUAAUGCAUCAGAAGAAUACUACUAAAGAUGUGAACACCAUUGAAACUGAAGAAUUAGUUGAUUUUUGGUUAGUUAAUGACAUGUUCAUCUUUGAAAAUGUUGGUUUUUCUAAUACGGUUGGUAAAAGAAAAUAUCUGAUAUGUGCCGAUUGUGAUAUGGGCCCAGUCGGUUAUCACGAUAUUGCCACCAAGAAAUGCUACUUGGCAAUGCAAAGAGUGCAGCAUGGAAAUGAACUGGUCAAAAUUGAGAAUGCACUUACAUAGUGUCGCGAAAGUGAAAAAUAAAUAAUUGAUUUAAAGGUUAGAAUUUGUAAUUCCGCGUGUGUGCUUCUCAAUAUCUACACUUGAAAAACUUCUGCAUAAGUAGUGGUAUUAAAAGCUUAGUUUAUAUAAACUUUUGUAUUCAAAUAAAUCGCAUGAACGGCAAAAUUCUUGUCUUUUAAAUUUAUAGGCUAAAUUUGCAGAUAUUUUGUUUCAAUAUUUUCGAUAUCUAUUAAGCAAAUCUUAACCACAAAAGCUUUUGCAUCAAAUUUUAGUUCAAUGACUUGUAAGUAAUUAACGUUAUCUCGUAAGACCGUUUGCCAUUUUGCAGCGUAAAUCGCAGACAUUUGUUAAAACCAAUCCCUGGGUUCCAUGUGCUUUUUGAAUUGUCGAAGGUGACAGGUGUUUGAAAAUUUGCCUGGUGACAUUACAUAAACGGAUGUUCUUGAUACUUAUAUUGAUAUGGAAGUGGUUCGAAUCAGAAAGCUUUUUUACGCCUUAUUUGAAAAAGAGGUAUGUAGGUA